UCUUCUCCCCAAAACUUUCCCUCUCCUCAAGAAACACAACAGUGAACAAAGCUCUCGCUUCGCUCCUCCUCCAAAGAAGUGGGCUCAUUUUCCCCACUUUUUAAGAAAAUUAAAAAAAAGAAAAAACCCAAAAAAUUGCAUCUUGAUUGCUCGCAAUUUCUCCUACUAUGAGGUCGCAAGGUGCAAAGGUCGCCCUUUUAUUCACUCGAAGUUUCCGCAAACCGCCGCUUAGAACUUCGGAGCAAUUGUCACGAUGGAUUAGCACUUCGUCGUCUAGGGUUUUCUCGGGGUCGAGUUUUGAAAAAGGAAAAUGGAAGAAUAGUGAUCACAGUGGUGUCUUUUAUAUGAAUGGAUACCCAAAAAGAUAUUUUCAUGGAACGAGACCGGUGUCUGUGAGAGAUUACUAUGAUGUAUUGGGAGUCAGCAAAAAUGCAACAUCGUCAGAUAUUAAGAAAGCCUAUUAUGCGCUGGCAAAGAAGCUACAUCCUGACACAAAUAAAGAUGAUGCUGAAGCAGAAAGAAAAUUCCAAGAAGUUUCACGUGCUUACGAGGUUCUAAAGGAUGACGAAAAGCGAUCACUUUAUGACCAGGUUGGUCCUGAUGCAUUCGAACAAGCUGCUUCAGGAGGUGCCCCUGGUGGGGGGCCAUAUGGUGGUGGUGGAUUCAAUCCAUUUGAGGAUUUAUUUAGUGGAUUUGCUGGUGGAGGGACUGAUUUCUUUAAGAACAUGUUUCACAGGGAUUUUGGCGGACAAGACAUCAAGGUGCCACUAGAAAUAUCGUUCAUGGAAGCAGUCCAAGGGUGCACUAAAACCUUGAAAUUUCAGGCUGCUGUACCUUGCGAAGCUUGUGGGGGAAGUGGAGCCCCUCCUGGAACUAAACCUGAAACUUGUAGAGGUUGUAGAGGCUCAGGAAUGACUUUCAUGCAACAAGGGCCCUUUAGGGUGCAGAGGACCUGUUCAGUCUGUGGUGGUGAUGGAAAAAUUAUCAAGAACCUUUGCAAGUCAUGUGGUGGACAGAAAGUUGUGCUAGGAACCAAAUCAGUAAGGCUCGAUGUGAUGCCUGGGGUUGAUAAUGAUGACACUAUUAAAAUUCAUAGGAGUGGUGGAGCAGAUCCUGAAGGUGGUCAACCUGGUGACCUUUAUGUUACUAUAAAGGUUCGAGAAGAUCCAGUUUUUAGGAGAGAGAGGUCUGAUAUUCAUGUUGACGCUGUCCUGAAUGUUUCGCAGGCAAUCUUGGGAGGAACCAUACAAGUCCCAACUCUUACGGGGGAUGUCGUCCUCAAGGUUAGGCCAGGUACUCAACCAGGCCAGAAAGUUGUCCUAAAGGGAAAAGGAAUAAGGACAAGGAGCUCUGCAGUGUAUGGCGACCAAUUUGUUCAUUUUAAUGUUUCUAUCCCUAAUAAUUUGACACAGAGGCAGCGAGCGCUGAUUGAGGAGUUUGCAAAAGAGGAGCAGGGGGAAUAUGAUAAGGGAGAAAAGGCAGCAGGAGCUUCAGGAUAAUAGAUAAUUUCACACUUGGGUAAUGAUGUAGUAAACCAAUUGGUGUAGCAAAAGCUAUAGGAGAAAAUGCAAGGCUCUUCCUGGCUAAAUUUUUGUAAGGGGUACAUUUAUUCUUACUCACAUUAUGAUGAUAUAUGAAGCCUUAGUUCCAAUUUCAAUAUUGUUGCCUUGGCUAUUAAUUGACGACAUUUCUACAUUGAUGUUGGGAUUUGUACAUAUGCUGACAAUAAUGAGUGGGUUACCAUUCUGGA